GCAAACGAGCAUGAUCAGUAUAAAUGCGGUCACGUGUGGCGCCACUAGCGCACCUACCUUCUUGGUACCUAAGUAGCUUCUUUCUCUCUCUCGCCCUCUUCUCUCUUCACUCACCAAAACAUACACCUCGAACAGACUCGAACAGACUCGAACCAUAUGCCGAGACCGUCACCGAUGAGCCAGGCAACUUGAACAAUUGAGACUGCCACGUUUCUGGGGGCUGAGGGAGAGGGCAAGGAUGGCACGUCCCCGUUGCACAUCAUCACAGCCUCGUCGUCGCUCUGCUCUAUGUAGGCGCCCUUCCUUCACGAUGCUCUCUUCACCAUGCAUACACCAUGGCGGAAGCCUUCGCAGCUCUCAAUAUUGCAGCGAACAUCGCCCAAUUUGUCGACUAUGCAAAACAGCUCAUAUCCAGCAGCAAGGAAAUCUACAGUUCGCUAGACGGGGCGCGAGACGAAUACAAGGCUCUCAAAGUUAUCAUCGAAGAUAUCAAGACCGCCAACGAUGAACUUCACCCAAGGUCCAGUCCCAGUCCAUCGACCGACGAAGUACGGUUUCGCAAGCUGGCAGCAGAGUGCGAGCCUUUGGCAGACAAGCUCCUCGCUAUCCUGAAGGAUUUAGAAGUCGCUUCGGAUGCCCGAUUUCGCAGACUGCAGACGAUGCGCCAAACAAUCAGGGGUGCAGCGAAGAAGAAAGACGUACAAGACCUCCAGCGUAGGUUAGUGGCCAUUGAUGUGAAGCUACACGAGGCGGCAACGAUACUACUUCAGAAGAAGCACUAUAAUGGUAUUACAUCUGCGAUCAACACCCUUACCCAAACGAACGAGCGUUUGAAAAUGAACACAAAUCUCGCUCUCGAAGAAAUGCGACUAGAUCUUGUGCGGACUUUGGAGAGACAGGAACAUCGAGUCAAGAAGGAACAACAAACUAGAAUCGAGAAUCUGUUUGAAGAAUUGCGCAAACUUGCAAAUGCAGGUCAAGAGAUGACGCAACAGCAGGCCAUACUCCGAACUCUCCUCUUCGAGGAGAUGGAACAGCGCCAGGAGACGAUCCAGGACGCACAUAAAGCUACACUCGACUGGAUGUUUAAGCCUGACAAGGAGAAGUUUGUUGAGUGGUUGGAAGCCGAGAGGGGAAUUUAUUGGGUGAGAGGAAAAGCGGGGAGUGGAAAGUCUACACUGAUGAAGUACAUAUGCAACCAUGAGACUACUCUUAAGACUCUUCGACGAUGGGCUGGGACGAAGCAGCUAUUCACCGCUAGCUUUUUCUUCUGGAAUUCGGGAUAUCCAAUGCAAAAAUCGCAAAUUGGACUGCUGCGAAGCUUACUGUAUCAGGUACUUCGUGCCUGUCCAGCAUUAAUAAUGGAGGUGUGCCCCUCGAAACUCCUCAUGGAGCCUUGGAAGAGAACAGAGCUUUUCGAAGUUCUGGAGAAAGUCUCAAAACAAGCUACACUGCCUGCAAAGUUCUGCUUUUUCGUGGAUGGCCUCGACGAGUACGAAGGCGACGACGAGGAUAUCAUUGCCCUACUUCAAGACCUUGCCUCGUCUCCAAGCGUUAAGAUCUGUGUUUCGAGUCGUCCCUGGAAUGCCUUCCUAGACGCCUUCGAUGACUCGGGAUGGAAGCUAGUUUUGGAAGACCUCACCAGAAACGAUAUGUGCGAGUAUGUGCAAACAAUGCUUGCUCAAAAUGAAAUAUACCGCAAAAUGAGCAUGGAAGACCCACGCUGCAAGACCCUUAUACCGCAGAUCGCGCAAAAAGCUCAAGGCGUCUGGCUCUGGGUAUAUCUCGUCGUUCGUGAUCUGCUACGAGAUUUGAAAGGAGGCGAAGAAUUCCCACUUCUACAGCGGCGACUAGAUAGUUUCCCGAACGAGCUAGAGAAAUAUUUUGAGAAUAUUAUUAGCCGCAUCGACAAGAUACACAGAGAAGAAACCGCGCGAAUCUUCUUGGUAGCGGUGACAGUGAUACAGCCGCUGCCAAUUUUUUACUUACAUUGCCUCGCCGCGGAAAUUAUCGAUAAAGACUACGCCAUUCAUAUGGACAUUGAGCAAACUUCCGCCGGAGACGUGAUUCGGACGAAAAAGAAGUGGAAAAAACUUCUGAACAGUCGAUGUAGAGAUCUGCUCGAAGCUGAUGGUCUCUGUGACCGCGAUGAUCUCCCUUGCCUCGACGGCAAGGUUAACUUCUUACACCGAACUGUUAGUGAUUUCUUGCGGAGUAACUACCUCGAGGAGCUGCGAAGUCGUGCCGGGGAAGAGUUCGACGCUAGAUCCUCGUUGUGCAAGAUCAUAAUUGCUCUAAGCAAAGUUUCAGCGGACAUGAUUGGUCAGCGCAACUCUGGCAAUUACAGUGAGAAUAUACCGGCUUUCGAUUUAGUUGACGAAAUGUUAUUAUAUGCCAAAGAUUACGAGAGGACGGAAGCCUUGUCAAUGACAGUUCUUCUAGAUGAGUUGGAUCGCGUCAAUACAAUUAGGGCUGGCGGCGCCGGCAACCAUGGCCAUUGGACCAAUAAUAGAAAAGCUGGGAUUCCAGAGUACGAUAGGUGUACCUUUCUAGCUCUGACCGUCCAAAUGGGGUUGCGACGAUACGUAAGGGAGAAGCUAGAGUCGAACAAAAUGCUCAUAGCCCACAAACGUGGCCGCCCCCUACUUGACUAUGCAUGCAGGCCCGUGAUGGAUUCUCGGCUACUUUCUCAGCUUGGGAAGGAUAAUGUUUUAGAUCCUCGCAUGGUGUGUCUAUUGCUCGAGUAUGGAUCGGAUCCCAAUCAACGAGUAGAGAUCUAUUCCGAAGGCACUAUCUGGAGACUUUUUAUUAUCGGCUGCGACGCUCAGAAGAGAGGACCUGUCCGUUCAUCCACCCAAAUUGACAUGUGGUAUGAAAUCAUUGAGCUCAUGAUCGACCACGGAGCAAAUCCCGACGCGAAUGUUCAGACGGUGAAAGACCACGACGGCUACGACGACCAGAAGAGGGUCGUAAUGAUGACCAUACAGCCGAUGCUGGAGUCUAUUUUUGGGACUGAUAGGGCCGCACGCCUUGCUUCCCGGAUGAAGGAAGUCGCCCAGCGUAAUCGCCCUCCACCUUCGCUCUUGCGCAGAUUACUCGGAUGGACAUGAAGCGAACGACUCAGCAUGCGUUGGGGGUACAACUCAGCAUCUAGCCUUCAUUCUGGAUGGAUCCUUGAGGAAGAGAAAGGGAGAUAGCCCAGCGAGCGAUGAUGUUGGCAAUCAGAGAUCGGAGGAGAGACGAUGAACUGCAGAUGAGUGUGGAUUUCUACAAGCGCCCCGCAAGUUUGUAAACUUGAUCUACGUUGGGGCGAUUCUCAUGUUUGGGUAAAAGAUGUGGCUGAGGAGCGUGAAUGAGUGUUUUUAUAAGUUCUGAGGAAGUGAAGCCUAGGAUGUAUGCUCGAAACUAGAAUAGUAGGAGGGGACGCGACGAAGGGACCGCUUUUGCAGUACAGUCUUUUUUCUUUCUUUUUUUUCCCUACCAAGCUAAACGACACGUGACGUGAUAAACAGCCUGGAAUGCAUUGCUAGCAUAUAAAGACUAAGUAUGUAUGUAAAUUAUGAAUAAACAAAGCG